CUGACUGGUCAGUGGUGGACGAAGCUCAAGGGCUCUGAUGGAGUUUCAGCUGCCAGAAGCAGUAUCAAAACCUGCGAGUCCUAUUUCACAAUACUUCAACAGCUCUGUGUUAUCAAUCUCCAUUCUCGCUGUCCUCGAAUUAGAAAUCCCAAUGGAUGACUCCCUAACCACUUCACUCAUCAAGGAUGUCUUCUUACCCAUCAACCCACGCUUUUCCUCCAUCAUGGUUGGAGACAAGAAUGGAAUGAAGAAAUGGAAAAGGGUUGAAGUGAAGCUAGAAGAUCAUGUACAUGUCCCCAUUUUCCCGGAGGGAAUGUCACCAGAGUUGUAUGAUGAGCAUUUGAAUGACUACUUAGCAAAUAUAGCUAAGGAUCAACUUCCACAAAGCAGACCAUUGUGGGAAAUCCACAUAGUUAAAUACCCAACAAGCAAUGCAGCCGAGAAUAUUAUAUUUAAGCUUCAUCAUGCACUUGGGGAUGGCUAUUCCCUAAUGGGUGCUCUUCUUUCUUGCCUACAAAGAGCUGACAAUCCUUCUCUUCCCUUGACAUUCCCUUCAUGUCAAUCCAACACCAAACUUAAAGGUAAAGUUAACACCAUUUUCAGGUUCGUGCCUCGUGUUCUUGCCGGGAUCAUCAACACUUCUUUGGAUUUUGGAUGGAGUCUUUUGAAGAGCACUUGGCUUGAAGAUGACUUGACGCCGAUCCGAUCUGGUGACGGAGUGGAGUUCCGGCCAUUGACUGUAACUACUAUCAUAUUCUCUCUUGAUCACAUCAAAGAGAUUAAGGACAACCUUAAAGUGACUAUAAAUGAUGUUAUUACUGGAAUAAUCUUCUUGGGGACUAGACUGUACAUGCAAUCUGCAGCAAGCCAUGAUCUAGGCAAUAGUACUACACAUUCUAGCUCUACUGCGUUGGUGCUGCUCAACACUCGGAGCGUAGGUGGCUACAAGUCCGUCAGUGACAUGGUAAAACCCGACGCUGAGAUGCCAUGGGGGAACCAUUUCGCCUUCUUGCACUUGCCGAUACCUAAUUUAACCGAUGAUGACUGCUCUUCAAACCCUCUCAACUUUAUCCUUAAAGCACAUCAUCUAAUGAAAAGAAAAAAAAACUCUUCGGCUGUUUAUCUCACUGGUAGGCUACUUGAAACCAUGAGGAAACUUAAAGGUGCUGAGGCAACGGCUAAGUAUGUCCAUAGCACUUUGAAGAACUCGAGUAUGGCCAUUUCGAAUAUGAUCGGGCCGGUGGAACCAAUGGCUUUGGCUAAUCAUCCCAUUAGCGGAUUGUACUUCACAGUGAUUGGAAGUCCACUGAGUUUAUGUAUAACAAUGGUGAGUUACAUCGGAAAGCUAAGGGUUGCUGUGAGUGCAGAGAAAGACUACAUAGAUCCCCUCAAGUUCAACCCAUGCAUCAACAAGGCCUUUCAGAUCAUUCAUGAAGCAGUAGUCCACAAGUACUCUUCAUAAUUAAAGCUAUAAAUGCACUCAAGCUCAUAUGAAUUUCUCUCUAUUUUUUGGACUUCAUUCACCAUUAUGGUUUACUACAUCAUUUUCCAAUAAAUCAUUUUUAAUAAAUGAUAUAUCUUUCUUUGUUUUGGACGACUCUGUGGUGUGUUGUUUAUCAUUAUGCUUGUAAUGUUACCAUUAAUAGUAAUAUGAAAUUAUGAACAUUAUGUCAAUA